AUGUCAUCUGAAAAUCAUAUGGAACAAUAUUGUCAAGAUUUAUUCAAAUGUCAAUUCAAACAACGUCCAAUCAUCAGAUGCCCUGGUGACUAUGAUUCAGAAGAUCCAACUACAUAUGUAAGACGAAAAUUGAUCGAAUUAUAUCAACAGUUGACUGAAACAAUUACAACACGGUUUCGAGAUAUAUCAUUCUUUUUUAUAUUGAUGAAAAAUUGUUUAGAUGUUCCACGUUUACACAACCAAGUAGUAUCAAUGGGUUAA